AAGCGGCCGAACCUACCCCAUACUCCUUCCUCCCCUACCUAUACCGCACCUUCACCGUCCGCACACGACUUAACAACUUCCAAUAUAACCUACGACUGGCGUACCGCUCACCCAAAACGCGCCUCAUCUCGCUAUCGCUUUCCGAGACGCCGACCGCUUUUCUGAUACCGAUAACCGACCUUCAAUAGCCGGGAGACAACACGCGCCGUAGAAACCUUAUCCGCACCCGACCCACGACCACCAACAACGAUGUCGGAAUCGCUUACCGUCAAGCAAGUUGCCGAGCAUAAUACUGUGGAGAAGGGCUUGUACAUUAUAAUCGAUGGCGAUGUUUAUAAACUGGAUACUUUUGUAGAGGAGCACCCCGGUGGGUCUAAGAUUCUGAAGCGCGUGGGUGGGAAGGAUGCUAGUAAGCAGUUUUGGAAGUACCAUAAUGAGGGCGUGCUGAAGAAGUAUGGGGCCAAGUUGAAGAUUGGGUCGGUCAAGGAAGAGGCUAAGCUAUAGAAUCAUGUUGGGUAGCGAUAAGAGAUAGACGGCAAUGCAUGAACGACACCAGGAAUAGAUACACAGAAGAACUUUCAGUGGGGAUAAAAAUAAGAAACUAUAAAUUAAAUGGACUUUCUACUUUCUAAUGGUGGCGUAAUGGUAUAUUGCAUUCUCGCUCUCGGUCGGCAAAAAAACAACAACAGCAAAAGUCGCAAACAAAACAAAUGCCGUGGGUAUCGUUAUCGCAAACGCCUUUCUGAAAUGCUGGGGGUUCGCAAAUAUGCACAAUCAUUGCUGCGUAAUAAUCUCUCGUUUCUUCCGUCGCACGAUAAGAGUCUUGUUAGCGUCGCACCACUAAAAGCAAGACCAUCUCUUCUUGAUACUCGGUCUCGAAUGCGGCCUAGGCACAGGACUCGUUUGGGGUCGCGGCGCACCGGCU